CGGUAAUCCAGGCUGAUGGGGAGUUAGAUGCGGAUGUUGGACAUCGUGUUGGAGUGGCUUGGGCCAAAUGGCGGUUAGCUUCAGGGGUGUUGUGUGAUCCAUAGAUUUCGCCUAGAAUGAAAGGUAAGUUCUAUCGAUCUGUAGUCAGACCUGCUAUGUUAUAUGGGGCAGAGUGUUGGGCGUUUAAGAAGACUCAUGUGCGUCGUCUGCAUGCGGCGGAGAUGCGGAUGUUACGAUGGAUGUGUGGGAAGACAAGGUUGGAUAGGGUUUCAAACCAAGUUAUCCGACGUCAGGUAGGCAUGGCACCUGUGGAAGAUAAGUUGCGGGAAGCGAGGUUGAGAUGGUUUGGCCAUGUGAGACGGCGGGAUCCUGAAGCCCCUGUACAGAGAUGCGAGAGGAUUACAGUUAUCGGGGGAAGUAGGGGAAGGGGUAGACCUAGGAAGAAUUGGAAGGAGGUGAUUAGGCACGAUUUAGGACUUCUCGACCUGACUGAGGAUAUGGCCCUAGAUAGGAACCUUUGGAAAACUAGAAUUAGAGUAGCUGGAUAUGAGCUUGGUGCUGUAGAGGUGGAGCCGGGGGUCUCUUGGAAACAGCUUCCCUACUUCCGAGUAGGGGCAAGGUCUGCGUACACACACCCUCCCCAGACCCUACUGUUGUGGGAUUCACCUGGGUUGUUGUUGUUGUUGUCAUUCCAUAAAAAGCCAUACCACGGCGGCAACGGAGGUUAUGGCUACAGCGGCAACGGCGGUGGAAGGACCGGCGUGGUGGUGGGCGUGGGCAUAGUCGCGAUCGACGAAGUUACGGCGAAUCCAAUUUCUGCCAACCCACAACUAAUACCUGGACAUCUCAGCCUGGACUUUUGGGCCCAAAACCCAACCCAUACCUAGCCCACCAACCCUACCUUUUUCCCUUCUCCUAGCCGACAGCCCAAACCAGCCCACUAACUCCCUUUUUCCCAGCCCAAAACCCAACCCAGUCCCAUAACCCCCUUUUUCCCAGCCCAAAACCCGUCCCCCACCCUCCCCCAAACCCCCACUGCACUAGCCCACUACUUUGACAACAUGACUCUCCGGGAACCAAAUUGGCUCUUGGACACCGGUGCCUUUCACCACAUUGCUUCCGACCCAGGUACUCUUUCUCAUGUUUUCUCUCAAAACAUUUAUUCUCCUACACAUAUCACAGUUGGUAAUGGAUCUAAAGUUUGCAGUACUACUACUGGCUCCUGCACGCUAAACACCCCUGAUGAUUAUAAACCACCGAAUAUAUUAAAUAAUAUAAGUUUUA